UCUCACUGCCCCUCCCCCUGCCCUCGGGGCUCUUGCGGUCCUCCCCACAGACCAUCUCUCACCACCAUGGAGUUGGACCUGGCCGCAGCCCUCGACUCCAAGGAGCCCCAAGGGACAGGCCAGGUGGGAGACCACAAACACAGCCCCCCCAAAGUUCCGGGCGCGUCAGAGGCGGGGGCGGCUGAUAAACCGAGGGGCGGCGGUCACCGCAGCUCCUCGGACUCCAGCAGCGACAGCUCCAGCGACUCGGACAUGGAAGCAAAGCCUCCAGCUGCCGCCUCCGAAGGGCACAAGAGCACGCCGGCCAAGGUCAAGAAGCCGAAGGCGAAAAAGAAGGAGAAGAAAGGGAAGGCGAAGAAGGAGUUUCCUCACUGACGGGCCCGGCCGAGUCUCAUUAAACCUUCUUUCGACUCUC